GCCACGACGGGGCUUGUGUGGACGUCACAGAUCCCCCCUCCUUUCCUUUCCUCACCUUCCCCUUCUCGUUUUCUUUUUUUUUUUGUUCCGCCAGAGCAUCUCUCUCCUUCUCUCUCUACACCGCCCACUCCACUCACCGCCGCCUCGCCGGCUUCUUCGCCUCACUACAUCGCCCGCUGCCCUUUGCUGCCUUUUUUUAGGGAGAAGAAACCGUGCAUUUUGGAACCAAACAAAAUAUAUAAAUACCACCAUGGCGAGUACCGAGGAUAAACCUGCCAACAAGGAGAAUGCGUCCAGCUGGAAGGACUCCUUCUACAACCCGAGGACCGGGGAGCUGAUGGGUCGCACGGCCAGCAGCUGGGCCCUCAUCCUGUUGUUCUACCUGGUUUUCUACUGUUUCCUGGCUGGUAUGUUUGCCCUGACCAUGUGGGUGAUGCUGCUCACUCUGGAUGACUAUGUGCCAAAGUACCGAGACCGUGUUCCCUAUCCAGGAUUGGUGAUUCGUCCCAAUUCAUUGGAUAUCACAUUCAAUAAAUCUGACCCGCUGAAGUAUGCAGAUUAUGUCCAACACCUGGAGUCCUUCCUGCAAAGAUAUAAUGAUACAGAGCAGGAGAAGAACGAGGAGUGCCCACAAGGAGAGUAUUUCAUGCAGGAUGACAGCGAGGACAUGACGAAGAAAGCUUGUCGCUUCAAGAGGGGCGUCCUGAGUCUCUGCUCUGGCCUCUCUGACACCAACUUUGGCUACUCUGAGGGAAAACCCUGCGUGCUGCUGAAGAUGAACAGGAUCAUCGGCCUGAAACCUCGUGGGGAUCCCUAUAUCAACUGCACAGUAAAAAGAGACAACCCAAUCCAAAUGCAGUAUUUCCCCAGUGAGGGGCGUAUUGAUAAGAUGUAUUUCCCCUACUACGGCAAGAAAGCCCAUGAGACUUACGUGCAGCCCCUGGUGGCAGUGAAGCUGCUGCUCACCAAGGAGGACUACAACAAGGAGCUGUCGGUGGAGUGCAGGGUAGAGGGCUCUGACCUCCGGAACAACGAUGAGAGGGAUAAGUUCCUGGGCCGCGUUACCUUCAGGAUCAAGGUGGUGGAGUAAAAGUGAAGACGGCCAGUAAAAGAGAAACCCGAAGCAGAGGCUGCCAACGUUUGCUAAGGAUAUAUGUUUAAAAAUGUAAAAAAAUAAUAAUAAUAAUAACAAAAACAAUGGAAGGAAGUGUCAAAUAGGUCACAAAGGCGGCACUUUGGAGAUGUGGCCAAACAGUCUGAUGAAGUUUGGUUUCCAGUAGGAGAGCCGGUAAAAUACAGAUAUUGAUUGUUGCUUUGAUGACAUUUCUGACCCUUCUUUCCUUCAUGAUUCCUUGCUGACCUCCUCAAAGCCCCCCAGAACAAGACACAGGCUCUGCUCCUGACCCCCUUCAUCCUUUCUUUCACCUGUUGCACUGUUCGUUCAUCGCUCAGUUUGUUUUUUCUUAGCAUUGAUGUGAUUAGAAAACUUAUAGCCAUUGCAACCAAGCCAUUUGGAGCAGUUCUGUUAUCGCUGAUUCAACUUUUUAAAACGUUUUUUAGAUCUUCCUGCUAUCGGGAAGAGAGUGUUGUUUUCAUCUCUCCAAACUGUAUGAUCGACAUUAUUAUCGCUGGCGUUGAGAGGAUUUUUAUCUUGCUGUAUAGUACAAUUGAGAAAGUAGAACAUUUCAUACAUCUCCAGAGUAUUCACAUUAUCACACCACAGAGACUUCAUAGGAACGUUCGUUGAUAAUCAAGUAUAGCCACUGUAUCCCUGUAUAUGAAAUGCCAAUUACAAAGUCCCUUUCUACAUAUAAAUACAUUGUGAUCCUUACCAUAUUUAGGGAAUUAUAGAUAGAUCUUUGUGUUGUGGUCUGCAUAGCCACAACCCAGUCUUGUGCCGUCUGUCUGUCUGCAUGUCCGUCUGUCUGUCUGCCCGUCUUCCUGUUUACUCACCUCUCCACUGCAAUAGCCAACAUGUGGGUGAGCCCUCCAGGACUAGAUAAGUUGUCUCGCUCCACCUCGCCGGGUGCUGCGCAGUGAUGGUGGCUGAGGUGACACACACACACAGAAAGUACAGUGUACAGAGGCGCUGGGAAAGCAUUGCAAAAUAUAAAGAGUUCACUGUAACUAUGUACUGUAUAUCUUUACGUGAUCUGUAUAUCUAUCUGGGUCUCAAAGAUUGUUAGUUUUCUCUCUUCUUCAGCCUGUUGAUCUGAUUGUCUGCCAAUCUAUUACUCUUCAAUGUAUAUAUCUACACUAUCUACCAUAUUUACUUAAUUCACACUGUAUUUUUGUCACAAAACACAAUGUCUGUGCACUGUAAAGAAAUAAUUUAAGCAAAGAUUUACAGGAAAUUAUCUUAUUCAAAGCUAUGUUUACACAGUCUUAAAAGGAACCCGCAUUUGAAAGAACAACUUGUAACAUCUCUUCAGGGUGCCUUAAGACCUGAUUAAAUAAAUUGUGGAAUAAAAGUGAUUUUGAAGAAAAAAACAGAUUUACAUCUGUA